UUAUGACAUUAAUGUUUCACUUGUAUCUCAGACUUGUACUGGUACACAGCUAGAAAAAUUCAGGCAUGGAUAUAUUCAAUCUCCGGAUUAGUUGGACAGCUUUCAUCAUAUGGUUUCUGCAUGUGUUGGUGUGUGAGUGUGUCCCACUGCCAGACUCAGACCCUCAGAUGUACGGGGAGAUCCAUUCCCCCCAGUAUCCUCUGCCCUAUCCCCCCAACCAGCAGAAGCAGUGGGAGAUCAGCGUGCCGGAGGGCUUCCAGAUCAGCCUGACCUUCACACAUCUGGACAUUGAGGCCUCUGCAGGCUGCUACUACGAUUCCAUCACAGUCCUAUAUGAUGAAAAGGUGCUUGGAAAGUUUUGUGGCAAUGAGAACUCUGCUGAUGGACGUCACCCCGGCCACCAGCCCAUUUUGUCUCCAAGCAGCAGACUCACCUUGAUAUUCCAGUCCGAUGACUACAACCCGGACCGAAACCAGAAUGUGGGAUUUUCUGCUCAGUACCAAGCAAUAGACAUUGAUGAAUGCUCAGCACCAGAACCUGAGGAUGGAUCUGGUCCACUCUGCUCUCAGAUCUGCCUCAACACACUUGGGUCGUAUCUCUGUGCUUGUCACCAUGGCUACGAGCUACGCUCAGACGAACGCACCUGCAUAUUAUCCUGUGUCGGAGGUGUAUUUGAUGAGCUAGAAGGACACUUGAUGAGUCCAGGUUAUCCGAACCCCUCGCCAGAUGCUUUGUCCUGUCAGUAUAUAAUUUCUGUGGAGUCCGGCUUCACUGUCUCGCUUAACUUCUCUGACAAAUUUCACAUUGAGAGUGUGGACACAGAGGAAGGCCCAAACUGUCUCUAUCACUGGUUGGAGGUGAUCAUCCCAGACAGAAAUCCCAUGAAGCUGUGUGGGGGAACAAGCCCAGGAUUAAUAAACACAAACUCAAACAUUGUGAAACUGGGCUACAAUAUUGAUAAUCAGGGACAAAGCAAUGGAUGGAGCCUGGAGUACAGCACACACAGAGUGACUUGUCCAGUUCCCGGUGAAGUCGCAAAAGGAAGGGUCACCCCUUCCUUAACUGAGUACUUCUACAGAGAUUAUAUUUUUGUGCGCUGUGAUGAAGGAUACAAACUAAUGAUGAAUGGUGCGGAGAUAAUGGGUUUCUCUACCAUGUGCCAAAGCAACGGAGAGUGGCAUCUCCCUCUGCCUGAAUGCCACAUAAUUGAUUGUGGAGAACCUGAUCCCCUGCUGAAUGGAGGAGUUAACUUCCUGUCUGGCUUCCAGAACCAAUAUCUUUCUGUUGUUCAGUAUCAUUGCAAUGAACCAUUUUAUUCACCAUACGGUGGCAAUAAUGUUUCUCUCACCUGUGAAGCGGAUAGACAGUGGCGAUCCAACCAUGAUGUUAUUUUAAGACCAGCAUGCCUACCAGUUUGUGGUCGACCAACGAAACAAAUUGAAAAUGACUUUCAGAGGAUUAUUGGAGGAAAUGAUGCUGCAGAGCAUACCAUCCCAUGGCAAGCUUUAAUAAAUGUAGGUAGCAACAGAGGAGGAGGUAUGAUCAUAGCAGAUCGCUGGAUUUUGACUGCAGCUCAUGUGGUUGUGCCUAAUGGACAAGUACAAACUCCUGAGGCUUUAUCUGUUUACCUUGCAGUUACAGAUGCUGACCAAGUUAUAGAAAAUCCUUCCCUGAAUGUAACUGCAGUCCAUGUUCACUCUGAAUAUAAUAAUCCAAAAAAUUUAAAUUUUGACCACGACAUUGCAUUGAUAAAACUUAAAGACCCGAUCACAUUCCAAGCAGCAAUAAUGCCACUGUGUCUGCCAUCAGAUAAUGACACAUAUGACACCGGAAUGAUGGGGAUGGUAUCUGGCUUUGGCAUUACAGACAAAGGCAAUCAGCGGCGUUUUCUAACAAAUAAGCUGAAGUAUGUACAUGUUCCAGUGGUGGAACAGGAAAAAUGCAGUAAUUCUUUGAAGGGAAUGCCUAGUAGCCAGACACCAAGACUGACAAACAACAUGUUCUGUGCUGGAACUCCUGAAGGUGGGAAGGACUCUUGCAAAGGUGACAGUGGGAGUGGCUUCACUCUGCAAUCUGAAAAUAGACGAUUCUGGGCUGCUGGGAUUGUCAGCUGGGGGUUCAGAUGUGGACAGAAAGGAAAAUACGGAUUUUAUACCAAAGUGGCAAACUAUGUAGACUGGAUUAACAAGAUCAUGCGAGAAAAUUGAAAGCAUUCAAGCAUUGAAACUUCAUUGAAGCACAAUGACAACUCAAGCUAUAUACACAGAGAAAAAUGAAUCUGUGGUGAAAUAAAUUUAAGACAACUGAAUCUGUGAACUCAACCAUAAAAAUUCAAGUUAGUAUCUUUACACAAAUAUAUGUAGUAUUGAGGUCAAAAAUGUUUGUUCACAAUACAGUUUUCGGAAAAUAAAUUGCUUAAGUACUAUGAGCCUAUCUUUUUAAAUUCACCACGCAACAAAAAACAAUCUUGUAAUCUUUACUGUGUUGAAAACAGCAAAUGCUACCCAUAAGCCAUCAGAGUUCCCAAGCAACAACGGACCAGCAGUGAUUUGAAGUACACUGAUAAAAAUAUUCUGCACUGACAAAAAUAUUCUCAUAUAAAUAAAGUUAAAAUGUCAUAUAAAUGAAGUUAAAUUAAAUGAAUGUGCAGGAUAUCCCCAGAUGUUACUUCAUGUCUGCUGAAGCAAAUCUGUAAACCAAAGAGAAAGUUUUGAACAUUUGUACAACUGAUUUCUGUGUUGAAAAAUAAAAUAUGCAUUGAUGACACAA